GUCGCAAGCUCCAACUCAGAAAGAAGCAGGUGUCCAACAUGGCGAGCACGGGCAACGGAUCUCUUGCGACCCUUCUGUUUUUAUUCACGAUCGCGGCAGCUGUCCCUAAAGGACUGGCGCAGUACCCAGUUCAAAGCCAGAACCUCGUGACGGAUAAUGUCUCAGUGGUGGAGGGGGAGACGGCCACCAUCAGCUGUCGAGUCAAAAAUAACGACGACUCUGUCAUCCAGCUCCUCAACCCCAACAGACAGACCAUCUACUUCAAAGAUGUGAGACCCCUGAAGGAUUCUCGCUUUCAGCUGGUCAACUUCUCAGACAAUGAGCUGCGUGUGGCUCUGUCCAACGUGUCUCUCUCGGAUGAGGGCCGCUACGUCUGCCAGCUCUACACAGACCCUCCACAGGAGGCCUAUGCCGACAUCACUGUGCUGAUCCCACCCGGCAACCCAAUCAUCGAGUCCCGCGAGGACAUUGUGAGGGAGGGCAACGAGACGGAGAUGACCUGCACCGCUAUAGGCAGCAAGCCCGCUUCCACCAUCAGAUGGAUGAAGGGAGACAAAGAGCUGCAAGGGAAGUCCAAGGUGGAGGUGACGUAUGACAGGAUGUACACUGUGACCAGCUGGGUAAGACUCACCGUUACUAAGGAGGACGACGGGGUUCCUGUGGUCUGUGUCGUGGACCAUCCAGCAGUCAAGGAUUUCCAGGCUCAGAAAUACCUGGAAGUACAGUAUAAACCGGAGGUGAAGAUCGUAGUGGAGUUUCCGCAGGGCCUGACCAGAGAGGGCGAGAACCUGGAGUUGACGUGCAUGGCCAGAGGCAAACCACCGCCUCAGCAGGUGAACUGGGUGAAAGUGGACGAUGAUGUGCCCUCACAUGCUGUCAUCACUGGCGCAGAUCUCCUCAUUGAGAAUCUUAACAAGUCCUACAAUGGUACCUACCGCUGCGUGGCGUCUAACUUGGUUGGUGAAUCCUAUGAUGACUACAUCCUGUAUGUGUACGAUGCCCUCACCACUACCCCUAUACCCACAACAGCCACUACCACCAUGUACACCACCACCUUCCUCCCAGGCAUCACCCAAGAUGCUACGCCCAGCACUGAAUCCGCAGCUCACGUAGACUCCAGAGCUGGAGCAGGAGCCCAACGAGCAGUGGACCACGCCGUUAUCGGAGGGGUGGUGGCCGUCGUGGUCUUCGCUAUGCUCUGUCUGCUUAUCAUUUUGGGACGGUACUUCGCAAGACACAAAGGCACCUACUUCACGCACGAAGCGAAAGGGGCAGAUGACGCAGCAGACGCAGACACGGCUAUCAUCAAUGCUGAGGGCGGGCACAACAAUUCGGAUGAGAAGAAGGAGUACUAUAUCUGAAAGUGCAAACCUCUGCUGGUGGUGGUGUGAUUAUUAUUAUUUGGUUUUAUUACGGGUGGGAGGGGCGGAGCAUGGAGGGGUUAAGACUAGGGAUUGUUUUAUUGGGUUUUUUUGGUUGUUGUUGUUUGUUUGUUUGUUUGUUUUCCUUCUUGGGAAUUGAAUGAUGUAGAAUGCUACCUGGACAACUGAGAACUCAGUAGGUAUCUGUGUUUUGACUAAGGAGGGGUGGUGGGGAUAACAGGAAGGGUGCUCAAGGGAGGGGAGGGCUGUGGUUGCCAGAUGACGCAGAUAUCACUAUAGAAAGAUUCACCAUUCAACACCUCCCAAAUUGCUGGUAUUACUUUUGUUCAGUUCCGACCAUGUGCAGAAACUUCCGUGCCUUGUUCCGAAUUUCUUUUCCUUGCUGUGCUUUUGUUUCGGAAACUCGACGAGACUAUCAUGUUUACUUCCCCAUAAGCACGCCAUUCCUCCCUUUGUUAACAGUGUCUGAUUCCCUGCGCGGUUCAGUGUACACAGCGCCUCAAGACCCCCCUGCACUGUGUAGGCAUCGAGCUCUUCUCCUGCAAACCAAAAUCUCUCCAGCUCCUGUCCUUGAUACUGUGAGCACGCCACAUCCUGCCACGCCAUUAUUGAAGCCUUUUGGCAAUUCCAGAACCUGCGCGUCCGACGUCCUAAACAUUGUGCACUUAACAAUUUGAACAAGGAAGGGCGAAAGCGUGGUCCAUUCCCAACACUCGUCCCUAGACCCGCCCAGGCCGCUCCACAUUAAGACUAUAGAGAAAGUGUGCUGACCCUGAGCACCGCACCCGUCUCUACGGCGACAGGCCCGUCUGCGUUACUGGGGAAUGCUUUUAUUCCUUCCUCCCUUUUUUCCUCAAUUCAUUUUUCAAAUUCCAUGUGCCAGUACGUUUGCAGCAUGGCCACUGUUGCAGUGGAGCGCAGGUGUAGGCCUGCACUGGCAUACACGUGCUGUUUGGUUCUGCUCAGCUAGAUGGAGCUGAAAGCCUUUGUGGGAUUUAUUCUUUCAGUAUAAUGAUGUCUUAGGGUUUCUUUUUUUAGUCAUUUUCAUGCAGAGAUUGUUUUUUGAAAGAAAUCCAUAAUGACAAAAAAAGUUGUCAUUACAUAAAAAAAUGUCAAAAUGCUGUUUGUCUUUCAACUUAGAUGCUUUAGCUUACCUGAGCUGGUGAUGAUGGUCCUGUAGCACAUGCUUAUCUGACUACCUAAAUUUGUGUCAAAGCAAACUGUUGGUCUGUUAGUAGGCUUAGAUUCUGGUUUCAGUAUAUAUGACUUGACAGUGUAGGAUACAACUGCAAAUGCCAUGUUUUGUUCUUUUUGUUUUUAUUUUUCUCAGAUGGAUAUUCUAAAAUUCUUAAUCAAAUUUAUAAUUAUACUACCUUAAGACACAACUUUAACAGCUAAAAUAUGUACUCUAAUGUACAUGUUGCAGUUACAUGUUGAUAAAGACUGAUCUCAGAUGUACAUGAGCCCUGAAUGUGACGUUUCAUAUGUAUAUGGCAGCUCUAGCUUCAUUAGCAGGGCAGAAAAUAUCUGAAAGGUGACAAUAUCAUCUUAAACAAACUGGGCGAACUCAGUCAUCAUGCUUUGAAGCAGGAUUUAUUGUAGCAGUUUCCACUGAACAAAGCAACUAACUACAGUCAACUCAAUUGAACAUAACCACAUAAUCCUCUGAGUGGCAGUCGUUACAUAUUCAUACUUGAUUUUAGGUGAAUUUGCAUUGAGAAAGUGAGAUGUUUGCAAAUGCUUUUCAGUUAAAGGAGCUACAAGUAAGGGUUUUACAUUUAAGGUCCAUAAGUGAUUGUAAGAGCUUCAUGAAUUAGCUUUGGCUCUUAAGCCCAGUUUUCCAACAUAUCAGGAACACCAUCGCUGUUCUUACAAGGUGCUGAACAAACAGAAGAGGUUGAGGCAGACGAAUAGGAACCCUGCAAGCUUACAGGGAAUGAGGCUUGCAUCAUAAACAAUAAUGAGAUGCUUAUUUAACCACAUGUGCAGCUCCUUUAACACUGAAAACUAGAUUUGAAUAGAUUUGAUUAACUUUCCGAACUGGUUUGGC